CACACACACACACACACGCUCGCUCUCCCUGCACCAAAAGCCACAAAUCACGACUCGUGCUGCACAGGGAUGGUGGAAGAGGAGACGUGCGUCGAAACAAGCGUCUGAUUUGAGUUGAGAGCGAGCUCGGACGGCAGGGGUGAAACAUGCCAUCGUUGUAGGUCGUUGAAAUCAGACGCCGAGAGCCCUUUCCUCUGCCCAACCCCGGUCAGCAGGAAGAGAGGACUAGCGGGAGGAGUCGGCGAGUAAGAAGUGGAGGGUGCACUCCUGCCUUUCAGGGGAGGGACGGCGGCGGCCAGUCAAGAGGAGGAGAGGGGCAGAGACGGGAGAGGGGAGGGGGGGCUGAGAGGACUUGCGCUGCUCUAACACAGAUAACACAGAGUCUGGGAAGUGGAAGAGCCUCACUGUUCUGCCUCUGAGGACAGACGCGACGGGCGGGCAGGGAAAGGGGUGGAAUACAAAUAACUCUGGAGUUAUGAGACGCGGGGAGGAAACGCAAUCCGAGGAGAGGAUCCUCCAAGUCGGGGAAUUGGUGAAAGGACGAACAGAGAGCUGAAGAUGAGUCGAGGAGACGAGAGAAAUGUUUCCCACCUUUCAUCCUUCUGGGGAGGAAGCGAGCCCGUCUGUGUAUCCUGAGGGCUCAACUAAAUCGGAUUAUUUCAAUUCAUGCUCCAGUUAUCACGAAGAAUCAAUAGAUGUGGCUUUCUCAGCAAAUACCCAAGCAACUUAAGUUCAUGAACGACCGUCUCAACAAUGCCUAAACCCAACCCCCAACACCAGUCCUCUCACGCGCCACACCCACCCCCCGCCCCGCUCUCCACACCCUCCCCGUGGAACGCCCUCCAACCAUCCCUGAGGCCCCCGGCCCGCCCCCAGGCCCCGCGCUCGGCCGUGUGGCUGGCCGUGGUGACCUGUUCCUGGGUCGUGCUGGUCCAGAGCCCGGGGGUCUCAGCGGGGGAGACCUGGGGCGUGGUGUCCAUCUGCCCCUUCCACUGCGUGUGCCGGAACCUGUCCGAGUCCCUCAGCACGCUGUGCGUCAACAAGGGCCUGCUGUUCGUGCCGCCGGACAUCGACCGGAGGACGGUGGAGCUGCGGCUGGCGGACAACUUCAUCCUGGAGGUGGGGAAGGUGGACUUUGCCAACAUGACGGGCCUGGUGGAGCUGACGCUGUCCAGGAACACCAUCCACACGGUGCGGCCGAUGGCGUUCGCCGACCUAGAGAGCCUCCGCUCGCUGCACCUGGACACCAACCGUCUGACGGCGGUGGGGCCGCGCGACCUGGCCGGCCUGCUCAACCUGCAGCACCUCAUCAUCAACAGCAACCAGCUGACCUUCGUGUCGCCGGCGGCGUUCGACGACUUCCUCCCCACGCUGGAGGACCUGGACCUGUCCUACAACAACCUGCGCAAGGUGCCCUGGGAAGCCAUCCAAAGCAUGGCCAGCCUGCACACGCUCAACCUCGACCACAACCUCAUCGACCACAUCGCCGAGGGCUCCUUCGGGGAGCUCUACAAGCUGGCGCGCCUCGACAUGACCUCCAACCGGCUGCAGACACUGCCGCCCGACCCCCUGUUCUCGCGCUCGCAGACGGGCGUGGUCAGCCCCACCCCUUACAACGCCUUCAUCAGCCUGAGCUUCGGGGGGAACCCGCUGCACUGCAACUGCGAGCUGCUCUGGCUGCGGCGGCUGGUCCGCGGGGACGACAUGGAGACGUGCGCCACGCCGGCGCACCUGGCCGGCCGCUACUUCUGGUCCAUCCCCGAGGAGGAAUUCACCUGCGAGCCUCCGCUCAUCACCCGCCACUCCAACAAGCUGUGGGUGCUGGAGGGCCAGCGGGCCACGCUGAGGUGCCGCGCCAUCGGCGACCCCGAGCCCGUCAUGCACUGGAUCUCCCCCGACGACCGCAUUGUGGCCAACUCCAGCCGCGUGCGCUCGCACUACAACGGCACGCUGGACGUGCUGGUGACGCGCGCCCGCGACGACGGGACGUACACCUGCAUCGCCAUCAACGCCGCCGGCGAGGCCACGGCGCUGGUGGACCUCAAGAUCAUCCCCCUCCCGCACCGCGGCAACAACACCGUGCCCCUGACCAACCCCCGGGGAGACCCCGGGUCCUCCGACAUCACCAGCGGGAGGGAGGGCCGACACGGGAAGGGGGGGGGGGGGGUGGUGACCGUCAGGAACGCCAGCGGCGAGGGCGAGAGCGGAGAGAGGGUGGACGGCGAGAGCAGUGCCAGCGAGCGCCUGGUGGGGGUGCUGGGGGUGACCGCCACCUCGGCCCAGGUGCGCUGGCACAUGGGCCGAGCGUCCGGCCCCUACCUGGUGUGGAUGUAUCAGAUCCAGUACAACUGCACCGCCGACGACGCUCUGGUCUACAGGAUCCUGCCUCCGACAAGCACCACCUUCCUGCUGAAGAACCUGGUGUCGGGGGCCGACUACAGCCUGUGCGUCCUGGCCAUCUUUGACGACGGGCUGGCCUCGCUCUCCACCACCAUGGUGCUGGGCUGCACGCAGUUCAGCACCAAGGAGGACUACUCCGAGUGUCGCUCGCUGCAGGCUCACUUCCUGGGCGGCACGUUGACGGUGAUGGUGGGCGGCGUGAUCGUGGUGACCCUCCUGGUGUUCACCGUCGCCAUGAUGGUGAGGCACCGCGCCUGCGGGGACUGCCAGGACGACGGCGGCCAGUACCCCGGCGGUCACCGCGGCGACGGCGACCUGCCCGCCAAAGGCGGCGUGGACGUUUACGCCCAGACCAACGGGAACGGGGGCGUGAUGAUGGUGGCGCUUCCCAACGGGAUGCUGGGCCAGCAGGUCAAAGCGACGCCUCCCAAGACCAAACCGCAGGUCAAGAGCCGCGGCCGGACUCCGCCCAAGACGGACAGGGCUGAGACGGAGAAGGGCGGAGGCGUGGAGGGCAGCGGGCUGGAGGUGGCGCUGAGGGAGAAGAAGAAGUUCCCUCCCUUCACCCCCGAGAGGGAGAGACUGACGCUGUACUACACCCCAGGGAACACGUCCCACACCUUGCCCAACCCCCGGACCCACAAGGCCCUCAGGCAGCCGGGCGGACGGAAGGUUCGCCAGCCCGAGAAGGGGGAGCCAGACCUGGAUAAGAUGCUGGGCUCCCGCUACAGCCUGGGCUCCGAGUCGUCCGGACCCGGCGCCGUGACGGACUGGAGGCCGACCCUGCGCCCCACGCGCAGCAGCUCCUUCGACGUGGGCGACAUCACCGCGACGACCACCUGCUACGGCUACGCCAAGAGGCUGAGCAUGAUCUGGAACCGGCGGAGCCAGUCGCUGCAAGGCAUGCUGGUCCAGUGCGCCUCCACGACCAGCAGCAGCGCGGGCAGCAGCGCGGGCAGCGAGGCCCCGGCGCAGGGCCUCGGGCACAGGUACCUGCACGAGUACAACACCUCCAACUCCAACUCCAACGUGAGGGCCAACCCCGGAGACCUGGAGGAGAGCGUCGUGUGAAGGGACGCGGGACCGGAAAGACCCGGAAUCUGAACAGGAUCAGAGAGGACACGUAAACGUGUCCGUGUGCGUUCGGAAUGACAGAUGGGAUAUAUUUUGGGGGAGGGGGGGAGAUCUGAGAGGAGAACGUUUUGUUUGGAGGCUGACGGAUGGUUGCCGACGCUGGUUGCCGACGCUGCACGCAUGGCACAUGAUGACUCAUGAAAGCAGCAGACAUUUACACAGAGAAAAGGUUGAAGGCGAAAACAGGACAAAGUGUGCAAGACUGCGAAUGUGCUCCAAAAGAACUACUUUACUGGUUGUGGCCCUGAACAACAUAAUUGGGGGGGGGGGGGGGGGGGGGGUAACAAGCUGAGACUUCUGUUCCAACAAGAUUAAUCAAACAAUUAAUGGUGAAUUACUACA